AUGUGCACCGGAACAUGCUCUCGUUGCAUUGCUGUGACUUUGUACCCACUGGCGCUCAUAUCCAUUAUUUGUAACAUAGUAUUGUUCUUUCCUGAUGGGGACAUCAAGUAUGCUAAAGAUGGACAUAUUACGGAGGAGGUGAAAUACAUGGGAGGACUUAUCGCUGGGGGAGUAAUGGUCUUGCUACCAGCACUUUAUAUCCAUCUGACAGGUAAACAAGGAUGCUGUGGAAAUCGCUGUGGUAUGUUCUUAUCUAUUGCAUUUGCUGCAGUGGGUGUGGCCGGCGCCUUGUACAGUUUGUGUGUGGCAGCACUUGGUUUGAAAAACGGCCCACUUUGUAAAGUCGUCCUGGUAUGGACAACGCCUUUCAAAGACAGGUAA